AUGAUCACCGUAACGAUUGUCGUGUUAGCCCCUCUCAUCUUCCUCGCCUACAAGGGUGCCUCCCGGCUGCAGCGACUAUGGCACCUCUUCCGCCUCAUGGGCGCGAGCAACUUCAACGUGCCCAUGCCCAUCUCGCGGCUGGACGCCCUCGACGUCACAUCCGUUGUGGCGCUCAUGGCGGUCAAGUACGCGUACAGCCUGCUGGGCCUGCUGCCAAAGCCGCAGCCCGACGCCGACGGCGUGCACAUGCUGCUCCCCGAGGUGACGGCCAUGGCCAAGCUGCGCGUGACGAGCCGCGACGAGCGGCGCUUCGACGCCGCGACAGGCGAGGCCGGCAGGGACAGGUCCGGGCGGGCCAACCGCCUGCUGUUCCUGCCGGCGCUGGUGAACCCCAUGAUGGCCCUGCUGCUCGCGAACCGCCGCUGCCCCGUCCUGCCGUUUGGGUGCGUCAACACGCGCAACGCGUUUGAGCUGCGCGACCCGGGCGUGGGCCGCGACGCCGCCGACCUGACCGAGGACAACUGCGUGGUCAUGGCGUACCUGGGCGGGCCGGAGCGGAGAGGCCGGCGCGUGAAGCGAGGCAUGGAGUUUGACAUACGCAUCGUCGUCGUCAAGUUCAACAGCUGGGGCGGUGGCGACGCCAUCAUGGAGCAAGAUAUCACCAUACUGGCCUACCUCCCCGCGGGUACAGAGCCGCGCUUCAGGCCAGCUGAGAGCACAACGAGCAGCAGCAGCAGCAGCAGCAGCAGCAGCAGUAGGGAGGAGCCACCGCCACGGGUCGCGUGGUCCGGCGCGGCUCGGAACAAGGUCCGCCUCGGGCUCCUGGCGCCGCGCGCGUGGGCGGCGGUGUGCAAAGACUACAACCCGAUCCACAUGUCGCGGCCCCUGGCGAGGCUGUUUGGGUUCCCGGGGACGAUUGCGCACGGGAACCACGUGCUGGCCAUGGCGAUGCAGCAGCUCCUCUCGGCGUCGGACGCGGACGAUGCGCGGUUCGACGACCAGAGGUGCAGGUUUAUCUACUCGGAAGCGCCGUUCGUCCUCCGAGUGGCGUUCAAGCGGCCCAUGGUCCUGCCUCUGGACUUGGACGUCGAGUAUGGACAGGUCGAGGGGGGAGGCGGCCUUGGCCUGCGUGUUGUGGGCGGCGGCAGCGACGGCAGCGGCAAGGAAUAUCUCGCCGCGUGGGUGACUUGAGGAUGAGAAGCUUGAGGAGGGACUACAUGCGCUCGCAAAACUGACUAGGUUUAUGAGUGGCGUCUGGGGAUGGAUGACUCGACGGUUUCUUGCGACCCAGCUAUACUGUACGUGUGUGAUGAGCGCGGCGUGGUGAUGAUGGGAAUGGGUGUUUACCAGGACAUGAAUCGGCAGACAUCUUCGUACAUCAUAGUCCAGUCGUCAUUUCCCCAGCUCGCCCGGGGCGGGCAGCUCAUCGACACCCCAUCGCCGCCAUGGCCCUGCCCAGUCCCUUGAUGUGCUUGAAACCCGACGGUGGGCAUCACAUCUAUCGGGGUUAGGAACUCGGCGACACACACACUUAUACCAAAUCCGACGGGUUUUCAACUAGACCGGCAUGGGGUCAGCCCGGACAGAAGCGACGUGCCUGCCAUUUGCGCGUUCGUCGUCUCUAUCUGCACUUGCCGCCAUCGCCUUGCUGGCAGGGUGUGCCGUGUCAAGAGUCCGUUUCAAUAUUUAGCAUUGAUCAUCAGAUGUCGCUUGACCCUGACAAACGUGCG